CUCUGGGGUUCCCUCUGCUUCUCACUCGAACGUUAAACACACUGUACCCUGAGUUUUCUCCUUUUCUUCUCUAUUAUUUCAAGCUGGCUAUCGAAAAUCAAGAAUCCACUAUCCAUGAAAUCAAGCCAAAGAACAGAAGAAUCAUGGGAGCUGGUGGGCCUGAUGAUGAAGACGAAAGGUGGCCUCCAUGGUUGACACCUUUGUUAAGAGAACAUUUCUUUGUUCAAUGCAAGCUUCAUGCUGAUUCUCACAAGAGCGAAUGCAAUAUGUACUGCUUAGAUUGCAUGAAUGGCGCUCUCUGUUCUUUCUGCCUUGCUUACCACAAGGAUCAUCGUUAUAUUCAGAUUAGGAGGUCUUCAUACCAUGAUGUGAUAAGGGUAUCUGAGAUACAGAAAUAUCUGGAUAUUUCUGGAGUGCAGACUUAUGUUAUUAACAGUGCUAAGGUUGUUUUCAUCAAUGGAAGGCCCCAGCCAAGGCCUGGAAAAGGUGUCACCAACACCUGUGAAGUCUGUGAUCGAAGCCUCGUCGACUCCUUCCGCUUCUGUUCUCUUGGUUGCAAGAUUGUUGGCACAUCCAAGAAUUUCCAGAAGAAGAAGAGGCACUUAGCCAUGGCAUCAGGCUCUGAGGAUUCAAGCAUCAGCAGUAGCCAUGGAAUGCUGGGGAACAACAACCACAAAAAUAACAAAGCGCGAAGCUUUAGUCCUUCGACACCGCCUCAGACAUCGGUCAAUUACCGAACUGCAAAACGGAGGAAGGGGAUACCUCAUCGAGCUCCGAUGGGAGGUCUGAUCAUAGAAUAUUAACCAUGGCCAUCAUGAUGUGUUUUAAGUAUAGUUUACCCCCACGUAUAUAAAUAUGUGGAUAUAGAUUAUAGCAGCAGCAGCAGCAACAGCAACAACUAGAUGUGGAUAAAUAAUUCCCUUUUUCUUAGUGUUUCACAAGAUAAAAUAGGGUGCUUGGUUUAUAGAAUGAGAUUACACAUAAGGUUUUGGAGAGCAGUAAAACUGUAAAAGAGACUGAAAGAUGUAAAUAGGGCAUUAAGAGUAGUGAAAAAAAAGGUUCAAUCAUCAUGUGAUGUUGUAAUGUAAUGUAUUAACAAGAGAGAAGCGAUGUCUAUAUUAUAUAUGGAAUAAAAUUAUUUUGUGUUAUAGGA